AUGGCAAACUUUAAUCAGACUCCAUUGAGUUGCUUGCUGACCAUGAAGUUUUUUGCGCUGUCCUUCCUGCUCUGCGGCCUGUGUCUCGAAGUGAUGAGUGCCCCCCAGUGGGGCCAAGGAUCAGGAUUUGGCUAUGGUUUUGCUCCCUACUCGGGCUAUGGCGGCAGUUAUGCCUCGUCCAGUGCCAGUGCCGGAGCGAGUAGUAGUACUGGAUACCAGCAAGGAUUCGGAUCGCCCUAUGGCGGGUAUGGCGGAUAUGGCGGAUAUGGCGGAUAUGGCGGAUAUGGCGGAUAUGGCGGAUUUGGCGGAUAUGGAGGAUACGGGGGCUAUCGACAGCAGUACAAUCAGUUCAGUAAUCAGCAAAACAGCUACGGAUCCUCCGGCUAUGGCGGAUUCGGAUACCCCUUUGGGUAUGGCCGAUGA